AAACACCUCGCUGCAGCAAGCUAGCUGGGAAGCUCCCAGUUCUAAAGAGAGGCUGUUUACCAGAAGAGCAUAACAAGGGCAGGUCUGACUGCAAGGGUGGGACUGGGAGGCAGAGCCCACACCAAGGGGACCCCGGUUGGAUACUGGUUGGUCAAUCACCUGCAAGAUGAAGGAGGUGAGGAUGCUCUUAGCCUGGGUGCAAACAUUGCUCAUCAGCAACAUGCUCCUAGCAGAAGCCGAUGGAUCUGGAGGCUGCUUCUGGGACAACGGCCACCUGUACCGGGCGGACCAGCCCUUCCCAGCACCGGGCCUGCGCUGCCUCAACUGGCUGGAGGCGCAGAGUGGCCUGGCGUCUGCCCUCGAGUCGGACGCCGGCAACCAUAGCUACUGCCGGAACCCGGACCAGGACCCACGCGGGCCCUGGUGCUACGUCAGCAACGAGGCUGGCGAUCCUGAAAAGCGGCCUUGCGAGGACCUGCGCUGCCCAGAGACCACUUCCCUGUCCCCUCCAGCCUCCACAGAGGAAACUGAGGAGGCGUCUGAAGUGCCAAGUGGAGAUGAGGUGCAGGUGUUUGCUCCUGCCAACUCCCUGCCCGCCCGGAGUGAGGCAGCAGCCGUGCAGCCAGUGAUUGGGAUCAGCCAGCGGGUGCGGAUGAACUCCAAGGAGAAAAAGGACCUGGGAACUCUGGGCUAUGUGCUGGGCAUUACCAUGAUGGUGAUCAUCAUCGCCAUUGGAGCUGGCAUCGUCUUGGGCUAUACCUACAAGAGGGGGAAGGACCUGAAAGAGCAGCAUGACCAGCAAGUAUGUGAGAGGGAGAUGCAGCGAAUAACCCUACCCUUAUCUGCUUUCACCAACCCUACCUGUGAGAUCGUGGAUGAGAAGACUAUUGUGGUCCACACCAACCAGACUCCAGUGGACCUUCAGGAGGGCAGUGCCCCCCUCAUGGGUCAGGCAGGCACUCCUGGGGCCUGAGCCACCAAUAAUGGGCAGGAGCCCAUGCAGACACUGGUGCGGAACAGCCUACCCUCCUACACUUGGGAGGGUCUACACUUUUUGUUGUGGUUGAAACCCUCCCUUGACUUUUUUUUUUUUUGGUGAAUUCUAAAACAGAAGCAGGUGGUGUGCUGAGGGCGAGGCUGGGUAGGGUCCUACCUAUGCUCCUCCUCCAACCCAUAGAGCAGGAUUUUGCCUGUGGAUGGAGACAGCGGCAGCCCCCAAAGCAGUGCUGCUGACAAGGGCUUCCAAACAUUGUCUGUGCCCCAGAACUGAACCAGGGACCGGCAAGGAGCUCCCCCAGGCUCCUCUGUGCUUUAUCAUCUAAGAUGGCCUCAGUCUCCGCCCUUCUGUUUUUUUUCUUUGUGGGCUUGAGUGGCGCAUACUGUUAUCCAUAGUUCAGGUCAAGCGGGUCAAGAGGCAGUAUUUAAAAAAAUAUAUUUAGUUUUUAAAAUAGUUGGGAUGGAACUCCCUACUGACCCCUGAGAACCAGAAAUGAAUUCAUACAAAAGUCAAAACUGUGGGUUGAGAAUGGGGUCUAGGCUGGGGCCUCCUGGGGGGUGCUCCGGCUUGCUGGUGUUGAUGUGCCUUGAUAACCAUGGGCCAAGCCUGGGCCCAGGGACUCUUCCUGUUUCGAAAGGAAAGGAAGGGAAGAAUCGCACUGAACAUUCCACUUGGGAAGAGGGUAGAGAAGAAUCCGUGGCUGCUGUAGGCCACAAGACCUGGGGUACCCUAGACAGUUUCUGUUCAGGGUAAACGAUGACCUCUUUUCGUUUUUCAGGAGUAAGACAACAGCCAGCUAACCUACAGGAAUUACACUGUGGGGCCUUGUGAGCUGCUUCUGAGAGGUUAACUCAGAAACUAAGCUCAGAGGCAAGGUAAUAAAGUGCUUCAGGGCUCAAGUUUGCAGGUCGCUCUGUGGCCUCCAGGCCAGUGCAUUCCUGUGGUGUAGUAGGGUUAGGGUCACAACCCCUAACUUGUAGAACAAUCAGAACCAUUGGAAGGGACCUUAGGGUUCCUCCAGCCUUUUGAACACAGGGGCCACAGAGGGAAAGUGAUGCCCAAGGUCAUAGAGCAAGCUACUGGCAUGGCCAGGAGGAGAGUAACAUUUCUCCACAGCACUGUGCUGCACUGAGCCAGUGGCUCAGCAGGGCCUCCAAGCCCUGAUGGCACACUUGGAGGCCUUAGCAGUGCUCCCUAUCCAGAGCUUCCAUCCCAAAGCCCUUCCACUGCCCCAUAUGGAGAAGGGGGGGGUCAGUAGGGCCCAUUCUCUUCAGCAGACUAUUCCUGGGAGUGGUUUGCUGAGGGGACCUAGGCCUCAUGGGUCCCUUGGUGUUAGUGAUGCUGAAGAAAAGAACAGUAUAUUACUGGUUUCUACUUUUCUAUAAAAGCAUUUCUCUGUAUACAUGUUUUAUAUACCUCAUUCUGAUACCUGCAUAUUAAAGUGCAGGAAGUUGCUCUGCAUUUGACUUGUAUAAAUUAAAAAAACAAAACAAAAAA